GGAAGGCGGGAGCGGCGCGCGUGCGCAGAGCGCGGCGGGAGCGCAGCCGUGCUGUGGCCCGCACGACCGCCGGGAAGUUGUGAGCACGGCGCCGGCCUCGGGGGCGCGCACGCGGGGGCCUGGGCCGCGCGCAGUCGCGGUCGACCUGGUUGCUGCCCUCAGCCAGGGUCUGUCGACUGUGUCCUUCCCGCCGAGCCGCGGGCGCCGCCGGAGGGAGGGAGGGAGGGAGCGGCGGUGCGGCCGCCGCCCGUCUGUGGACCCGGGGCCAGCCCUCCUGCGGUUGGCCGCCCCCACAGCCGGGGUCGGUCUCGGAGUCUGCCCGGUCCGCCGGAGAAGAAGGCGGCGGCUCGUGUCCUGCUGUCUGCCCGAACCUGGAGGCCGGCAGAGACCAUGUCCGGGAGGCACCAACCACUGUCCACUACCGACCGCGUCAUCAAAGCUGUCCCGUUUCCUCCAACCCAGCGGCUUACUUUGAAGGAAGUAUUUGAGAAUGGGAAACCCAGAAUGGAUGUUCUGAAAAGCCAUUUGAUAAAGGAAGGCCGAGUGGAAGAGGAAGUAGCCUUGAAGAUAAUCAAUGAUGGGGCCGCCAUCCUCAGACAGGAGAAGACUAUGAUAGAGGUGGAAGCGCCGGUCACAGUGUGUGGUGAUGUUCAUGGACAGUUCUUUGACCUGAUGAAGUUGUUUGAAGUUGGGGGAUCACCUAUUAAUACUCGAUACCUCUUUCUGGGUGACUAUGUGGACAGAGGCUAUUUCAGUAUAGAGUGUGUGCUGUAUUUAUGGAGUUUAAAGAUUAAUCAUCCCAAAACAUUGUUUCUGCUUCGAGGAAAUCAUGAAUGCAGACAUCUUACAGAGUACUUCACCUUCAAGCAGGAAUGUCGGAUCAAAUACUCAGAGCAGGUGUACGACGCGUGCAUGGAUACAUUUGACUGCCUUCCUCUUGCUGCACUCUUAAACCAGCAGUUCCUCUGUGUACACGGAGGAAUGUCACCUGAAAUUACUUGUUUAGAUGACAUUAGGAAAUUAGAUAGGUUUACUGAGCCUCCUGCUUUCGGGCCAGUGUGUGACCUGCUUUGGUCGGAUCCCUCGGAGGACUAUGGUAAUGAGAAAACCUUGGAGCACUAUACCCACAACACCGUCCGAGGGUGCUCUUACUUUUUCAGUUACCCUGCAGUUUGUGAAUUUUUGCAGAACAACAGUUUAUUAUCAAUCAUCAGAGCUCACGAAGCCCAGGAUGCUGGGUACCGAAUGUACAGGAAGAGCCAAGCAACCGGCUUUCCGUCACUUAUCACAAUUUUCUCUGCCCCUAAUUACCUAGAUGUCUAUAACAAUAAAGCUGCAGUGUUGAAAUAUGAAAACAAUGUCAUGAAUAUCAGGCAGUUUAACUGUUCUCCACACCCCUACUGGCUCCCAAACUUUAUGGAUGUUUUCACGUGGUCUUUGCCCUUUGUUGGAGAAAAAGUCACAGAGAUGCUGGUUAACAUUCUCAACAUCUGCUCUGAUGAUGAACUGAUCUCCGAUGAUGAGGCAGAAGAUAACUACAUUUCAAGCUAUCCGAAAGGAGGCACUUCAGUUCGAAAAGAGGUCAUCAAGAAUAAAAUCAGAGCCAUUGGGAAGAUGGCACGGGUCUUUUCAAUUCUUCGGGAAGAGAGUGAGAGUGUGCUGACUCUCAAGGGCCUCACUCCCACAGGCACACUCCCCUUGGGGGUCCUCUCUGGAGGCAAGCAGACCAUUGAGACUGCCACAGUAGAAGCGGUAGAGGCCCAGGAAGCCAUCAGAGGGUUUUCACUUCCGCACAAGAUCCGAAGUUUUGAAGAAGCUCGAGGUCUAGACCGAAUUAAUGAGAGAAUGCCACCCCGAAAAGAUAAUGGGCGUCCUGACAGGCCAGUGAGAUUGGUAAACCCAGCGCCCACAAAUGUGCGAAAGAGCGACCAAGGAAAAAAAGUCCAGUGAUGAUUCAGAGUCCUGCAGCAGAUGGAUCCCAAACCUUCUAACAAAUUUUAUUUAUUUAUUAUUGGAAGCAAGAACAACUCAAACAACUUAAACUUGGAGGUGCAUUCAUAAUUCAGUCUGCAUUUAUUCUGUAAGAAAGGUGACCAUUUUAUAAAUUCUUUUAAUUUAUGUAAAGCAGAUACAUAUAUAUAUAUAUAUAUAUAUAUAUAUUAAAUGUACAUCUGUUUUGUUUUUCCCCUUCUGCCCCUCCAGUUUUUAGGAACAGAUCUCAUUGUUGUCAAUAUAUGUGAAGUCAUGUGCUCUAAAGGGAACCUUCCCCUAAUAAAAAGGGCCUUGGAAACCUCAACCCUGGGUUUCUGACUUGAACAACUAGUCAACCUUUUCUCUUGUUUUGGGAAGGUAACAUCUUUCAUUUAAGACUAGUAACUUUCUAACUCAAGAGAGUCUUUUCAUUUUUUUUCCCCUUCUGCUGGGUGCCAUUGAUGAAAGUUCUUUUAGAUUUUGGUGUUGCAAAAACUGGUUCUCUUCUGAUGGAAACUUGAGCUUCUAAGAGAACAACCGUACUAUGUGGUUGUGGUUGUUUGUGUGGGGUUUCUGUUUUGUUUUGCUUUGUGGUACUGAAUUUGAACCCAGGGCCAAAUGUAUGCUAGGCAAGCACUAUAGCACCACCCAGCCAUAUCCUCACCACUCAGAUGAUUGAAUGUGUUCUAAUAAAGUCGAGUAAAAGAUGGUGAGGAUGGGCUGGCAAGAUGGUUAAGUCUGAUGACCUGGUUUGAGCCCCAGGACCCAUAUGAUAUAAAUAAAAAAAUAAUUGUAGCUGAGCAUGGUAGCACAGGCCUUUAAU